GUAGCAAAUCAAUCUGCACAAGGGGGGGGGGGGGGAAGGCUAUUGAAGGGAAAAGAAGACUUAAAAAGGAGUUAUUUUUUGGAGAGAAAAUGGCUAGUGGAGGAGGAUAUGGUGAUCCAAGCCAGAAGAUAGACUAUGUUUUCAAGGUAGUUUUGAUCGGUGAUUCUGCAGUGGGCAAGUCUCAGAUUCUUGCUCGCUUCGCCAGGAAUGAGUUCAGUUUAGAUUCCAAGGCUACCAUUGGCGUUGAGUUUCAGACCAGAACACUUGUUAUUCAACACAAGAGUGUCAAAGCUCAGAUCUGGGACACUGCUGGUCAAGAACGAUAUAGAGCUGUUACAAGUGCAUACUAUAGGGGUGCUGUUGGGGCAAUGCUGGUUUAUGAUGUAACGAAACGCCAGACCUUCGAUCACAUUCCACGUUGGCUUGAAGAGUUGCGUGGCCAUGCUGACAAGAACAUCGUUAUCAUUCUGAUCGGGAACAAGAGUGACCUUGAAAACCAACGGGCAGUUCAGACGGAUGAUGCGAAAGAAUUUGCUCAGAAGGAAGGACUGUUUUUCUUGGAAACAUCUGCUCUCGAAUCGUCUAACGUGGAGACCGCCUUCUUAACUGUGCUUACCGAGAUCUUCAACAUCAUGAACAAGAAGAGCCUAGCUGCCAACGAGGAUAAGGAGAAUGGCAACCCCGUGUCGCUAGCAGGCGAGAAGAUCGUCAUGCCAGGUCCGGCACAAGUAAUUCCGGCAAAGAGUAACAUGUGCUGUAGGUCAUGAUCGAAUCGGAUUUUUUUCGUAAUAUCGGUUGCUUUCGCAGUCAUAAUAGCAAUUUUUGGGAGUGUGAUAUGUAUGUUUGUAUGUUUACAUUGCAUUAGUUUAGUUUGGAGCAGC